UCCGGCGGCCGCUCCCAGGCGCGGAGGACGUGAGUGCGGCGGCGGCGGCGAGAUGGCGGCGGUGGCGGUGGCAACGGCGGCAGCGGUGGAGGAGGAGGAGGCGGCGGCCAACAUCGAGUACUCGAAGCGGCUGCAGAGUCGCCUGGAGCGUGUGAGCGAACUGGCGAGGUUCACGCAGAACUGUGCCCAGGCCGUGGAGGGAGUCCUGGACGCGCUGGGCUGGAGCGCCGAGACCCACGAACGGCCGCCUGAUCCAAUCGCUACUUGUCCAUUUGAUGCAAAUCACAGACUUCCGAAAUCAUCACUGGAGAAACAUGUUGCAUCCUGCAGGCUGAGAAAACUGGAAUAUUCUAAAGAGGAAGAGGCAGAGAUGUAUGACCCUGCAUUUGCCUAUGUGAACACUCCAGUGUCAACCUUUAAAAUGGACAAAGAUGUGCAGACCCGGAUAAUUCAAGAAGCAAGAAGUAAAGCUCCACUUGGAAAAGAAGAGAGAGUGUUUUCACAAAGUGAUUAUUCAUCAAUACCUAUUGAAGUUCCUGAGAAUCAUCAACGUUCUAUUCGUGACCUGACUCCUGCGGAUCGCCUGGCUAUAUAUGAACACGUUGUCAAAGAAAGUCAGCAGAAAAACAACUCGAAGUCUUUUGAAAAUGACAGUGAUUUGUACGUGGACCUUGCGGCAAAACUCGGCAGAGAUGACGACCAAAAUGAACCAAAAUCGCACCUUGAAAUUCUUGCUGAAAUGAGAGAUUACAAGCGUAGACGCCAAUCCUAUAGAGCCAAGAAUGUUCAUAUCACCAAAAAAUCGUAUACUGAGAUAAUUAAGGAUGUUAUUAAUGUACAUAUGGAAGAAUUGUCAAGACAGUGGAAAGACCAGAAUGAAUCUGAUAAUGCAGAAGAAGAAGAAGAAAUAGAAGAAGAAGAAGGCCAAAGCUCUUUAUUGUUUAAAAGCCCCACCAGUACACGGAGAAGAAGAUCAAAAGACAAAAUAUCUCCUUCAAUUGAAUCUCAGUCUUCUGGAAGUGAUAAAACUGCAGAUCGAGAGAAAUGGAAAAGCAAUCACAGCCGAAGUCCACGAGAACGGAAAAGAAGCCCGGAAUGUAAAAGGGAGAGAGAUUCAAAGAAAAAGCAUGAGAAACGGCAUCAGUCUCGCGAUGAAGACCGGCAUCGAAGUUACAAGCGACGGAAGUGAUUUGGAAACACCGAUGGAAGGAAGAGCUGAAAUUCAUUAAAUACUAAUGCUGUGUACGAAAACUGAUCUUUUUUUAAGCUCUAACUUUAAAUACAUGUUGCUGUUGGCGAGACAAAAUAAUGGUAAAGUUUCAGUGGAAUAUCAUUAUCUCUAUAUAGCCACUAUUAUUUGAUAUAUGAUGUCUCCAGCUAUUAAAACAAGGUCAAGACAUUUCCCAUCACAGUAUUAUAAAAGUGGAUGUACAUGAAUGAAUGUAAAACAAGCAUUUGCAUUUUAUUUCAGACAGUCUACAUUGCAUUUUUUUUUUUUGGCAUUGGUGAGAACUGUGAAGUUGCUGCUUAGAAAUCGGUCCUAAAGUGCCGGUUAUUCUGAUUUCUGUCAACUGAAAAUGUUUGCCUGUUUUUUAAUUAGCUGCUGGAAGUCAAAAUAUAUUCAAAUGUUGAACCUGAAAUAACACUUCCUUGUGACAGAUUGCAAACUUUUAGUUAAGUGAAAAAUAAAGGUUGAAUUUUACUAAA